UGUUAGUUCCUUGUUGUGUUUCUCGGUGGUACCUACCUACCAGAUAUAUUAUUUAUUUAGUAUUUUUAGAGUUAUAACUAAUAUUGAAGUCGCAAUGAACUGGCAAUUCUCAUUUUUAUGCAUAGCUGUACUCUUCAUUGACUAUGGAUUUACCAGAUUAACACCGGACUUCAUUCACCCGUGUCCAGUGGAUAAUAGAGAGUGCUUAAUACAAUCAACAAUUGAUGCAAUCCCCUUUUUCACGAAGGGUAUUCCCGAGCUGGGAGUGCCAUCUUUAGACCCAUUCUACGUUGACAGACUGGCGAUUCCGCUCGCUGGCCUUAAGGUGGCCUUCUUCAAUGGAAAAGUUACUGGAUUCAGGAAGGCUGUUAUUGAAAAUGUUGAGUCUAAUUUUGCAAAACGCAAAUUCGUCGUAGAGUUCCGCAGCAAUGUUACCCUGAAGGGAGGUUACGAGGCUUCUGGGAGAAUACUCACCUUCCCCAUCAAUGGAGAAGGAGAGGCUAAAAUUAAAAUAACUAACCUCAAAAUGAAAGUGAAAAUGAAUAUAGAUGUGAAGCCGGAUGACAAUGGUGUCAACCAUUUAUAUGUCAAGAAUUACAAAUACGAUUACGGUUUUGGUGAUAAAGCACACUAUAACUUGACUAAUCUCGUUAAGGACAGUCCUGAGUUGAGCCAAACUCUGCUGCAGUUCAUGAACGAAAAUUGGAAACUCAUAGCCGAGGAGUUCGGGAAACCGCUAGUGGAUUACGCCACGGAACUGGCUCUGAGGACAAUCGAGAAGUUUUUCCUGGCCGUGCCUUAUGAAGAGCUGAUUGAUGGACCUAUACCCUCCUUUAAGUAAAUACCUGUGAUAACCUGAUAUUAAUAUAUGCAAAUAUAAUCGUAUAAGUAUUUAAAAAGGUUUUUUAUUUUACCCAUUAUUUUUAUUUCGUUAGUUUAUUUAUACUUUGGUUUGAGACUAAACAAACUUUACUCCUGUAAUAAUUUAUGAAUAUAAAUAACACGCUGUUCAAUAUUUAAAAUCCGACGCGGCUUGAACAAUUUACAAUAUUUUUUUUUAAACUGUUACCCCGUUUUUUUUAAUACACUUGCCAAGUUUAAAAUGACAUGUUAAUGAUUUAUAAAUUCUAAAUACCAUAUCAAUUUAUCUGAAAGGCCGUGCCAGGGUAGGUAAGCUAAGUGAUACUGCCCCUAAUUGUUUUGGAAUUAAAAAUUUUAUGGGUGGUGUGGCUCUAUAUUACUAAUUAUUUUGCAAAUUUUGAGUAGGUACUCUGAACUUUAUAGUUUUUCUGUAAAAAAAUAAAAUCGAAAUAUAAUGUUUCUUCGA